CGAGGGCGGCGCGGAGCCGUGCGCGACCGCCGGCGCCAUGCAGAAGGCGGGGCUGCUGCGGGGCGUCUUCACCCGCGUGUGGAAGUCUGUGCGGAUGGCCAGCUCCGGGGGGGCGCGCCGGGACCGGCUUGCGAAUAAGGUGGCCCUCGUAACGGCUUCCACCGAUGGGAUUGGCUUUGCCAUCGCCCGGCGACUGGCCCAGGAUGGGGCCCACGUCGUGGUCAGUAGCCGGAAGCAGCAGAACGUGGACAAAGCAGUCAAGGCCCUGCAGGGGGAGGGCCUGAGCGUGACGGGCACUGUGUGCCACGUGGGAAAGGCUGAGGACCGGGAGCAGCUGGUGGCCACGGCUUUGAAGCUUCACGGGGGCAUUGACAUCCUGGUCUCUAAUGCUGCUGUCAACCCUUUCUUUGGAAAUCUAAUGGAUGUCACUGAGGAGGUGUGGGACAAGAUUCUGGACAUUAAUGUGAAAGCCACAGCCCUGUUGGCAAAGGCAGUGGUGCCGGAAAUGGAGAAACGAGGAGGCGGCUCCUUGGUGAUCGUGGCCUCUAUCGCAGCCUACAGCCCAUUUCCUGGCCUGGGCCCUUAUAAUGUUAGUAAAACAGCCUUGGUGGGCCUCACCAAGAACCUGGCCAGUGAGCUGGCCCCAAAGAACAUUCGGGUGAACUGCCUGGCGCCAGGACUCAUUAAGACUAACUUCAGCAGUGUGUUUUGGAAGGACAAGGCAAGAGAAGACAGCAUAAAGGAAAUCAUGCGGAUAGGAAGGAUAGGCAAGCCAGAGGAGUGUGCAGGCAUCGUAUCUUUCCUCUGCUCUGAAGACGCCACAUACAUCACUGGGGAGACGGUGGUGGUGGGUGGAGGGGCUCCAUCCCGCCUCUGAGGACCUGGAGAAAGCCCCCCAGGGCAGAUUGGACGCCAGCUCCUGGAUCUGUUCCGGCAUUCACCCAGUGGCCUCUCACACCCCUGCCUGUCACACUGCUCACCUUAUACCCCACUCCACCCCCAAAAUCUGGCCUUUCCUGAAGUCGAAGUGUGUGGUCUUAUGAGGAGUCCCACAGCUGCUUUGCCUUAAAGACUUCCCCGGAGAGCACAGGGAAGGCCUGCUGAGAAAGCCAACUAGUAUUUGGUGGGUGGUAGGGGGCAUCUGGGAAAUUUGAAGAAAAUGGGAGAGAAGGAACCUGGAGUGGAAGGAGAACUGCUGGAAAUUAACAACUUGCAAAUGAGGUGCAAAUAAAAUGCAGAUGGUUGUGUUGCUCCGAAUCAGUGUGCUCAUUUUUCA